GCUGGCCGCCACUGAGGUUUGGGGCAUGGAAGCAGUGGAAAACCGCUUUAUCAAACCAUUCGAUACUGUUGUAAAUUUCAAUGAGGAUUUCCAUUCAACCUCCGAGCCACCUGAAAAAAUUAAUGUUCUGGAAAUUAAAACUAAUGCGGUUGUUUCCGAAGCUGCCAUUCAAGAUACUCAUUCUUCCGGCAUUCGCACGAAAAGAAAGAGAGCCAAUAUGGUCAUUUUACAAAUGCGAAGUUCGUCCGAGGAUAAAGUUUCUAAACAAAUUCACCGUAGGCCUCCAAGUUCUCAUCAACAGUACAGAAAACGAGCGUCCUCAGUAGAUUGCCCCAUCCAACGUUCUGCAGAUCGGGGUCGUUUGCUGAGAUUAACACGAUCACAAUCACGAUUGUUUUUAACCCCAGAAAGAGAUGUAUCUAAGCGGCCAAACCUUGUUCGUGCUAGCAAGGGAUCCUCGCGCUUUCCUGACGAUCGCUUGUUGUUAUCGGCAGCUUGUCUUGCACAACAUUCGGGUAUGAUGUCCACAUUGUCUCACACUCGUCAGACUUCUGAUAAGGUGUAUCCAUUCCUUUCGGAGCAUUUAAAGACUUCAGAACGAGUCAACGGUUCUGCAGCUCUAGGAUCUAACUUCUCUGUUCGUCCCCUUAAGAGAAACACAAAACCUAAACGGUCACCGAAAUUGUGCGCUUUCAGUACUUCGUCCACAAACCUACACUCAGUGCAGGCCAAAGAAACCGGGCCACAUAUGGAUACCGGAUUUGUCGAUUAUAAUCUGCAGCUGAAAACUCUACAAGAACAGCUUAAAGAUCGUUUGACAGAAGCGGAGAAAGUCAUUGAACAGCUGACUAAAGUGAAAGCGAACGAAAAGUUAUUCAAGACUAAGUUGCUGGAGUUGUCUCAAAGUGGCUCCGUCAAGGCACACGUCGUACUUGGCUUGAAGGCGAAAGUCGCUGAGCUAUUUGCCGAGGUUGAGUCGUUGCGUUGUGCUUACGCUCGUGCUCUUGAUCAUCAAGCUGAUCUACAAGAAGAGGUGGCCAGUUUGAAGCGGUCACGAGAUUGGUUUGAGGACCAGCUGCGUUUGACUCAAACCAUUCGUGACCGUGUUGAAGCUGAAGCAGAUCGACUGAGGGGGCUGCUUAAAAACGGAAACGAGGUCAAUCACCGUCUUACUCAUGAGAACGCAUGCCUUCAGGCGCAACUUAUUUGCAAUAAGGCCUCCCUAACUGACGUCAAGCGCAGUCUCUCGCAUCAAUUAGAAUCCAUUCGUAUCGAUAUGAUUGAACGUGAGGCAAUACUUGAGCGCAUGGCUGUAGAAAGAGCGGAUUUAGAACGCCUGAAUGUUGAAAGGUCAAACGAAGUCAGCAACUUGCAGGCGGAAGUGAACAAUUUGAAGGCAGAGCUUCUAGCGACCGACAAUCAGGUGACUCACCAACGUUCUAAACUCGAACAGAUGGAACUCGCUUUGCUUACCGCCGAGCAAAAGCGUGCAAGUCUACAGGAAAUGUUGUGCGUUAUUGAAGGUCAACACUGUGCCCAGGAAGAAAAGCUUAACGAGCAGGGUUCUCGGUUCAGCGAAGCUCUCGCUCGCAUACAAACAUUGGAAGCUGAUUGUGAGAACAAAAAUUCUCAAGUUUCUUCCCUAAUGGAAGAUAAAACUUUUCUGACUGCUGCCUUGGAGUCUGCGUUGAAGGAAAAAGAAACUUUGAACUUCUAUUUAUGCAGCUUAAAAGAUAAUCUUUCGGGAAUUGAAGACAGCUUUGACAAGGUUCGACUCGAUUUGGAGUUGAAGAAUGUACAGUUAUCAGAACUUUGCGAACAGCGUGCUCAUUUAACGGACAAAUUGGGGCAAGCUCACGUUCAGCUACGUGACUGUUAUGACACUAUAAGUAAACUGGCACGAGACAAAGAAGAUCUGUCUUGUGUUGUCAAUAAGUUGCGCCGACCCUCAGAUCAUCAUUUUGAUUCCACGCCGGAUGGAGUUGAGUUGACCUCAAAGAUUUUACCCCCACUUAUAGUCCAGAAUUCAGCAUCGGAUGAACUUCACAAAAAUGGAAAUUUUAACCUUGUUCAUGCUCAUGAUGAAGUACAAAAUCACUCCUUAAUAACCCGAAUCCAAAGCCAUUCCGCUUCACCUGUGACGCAAGAAAGCCCAUCUAUGAAACUGACGCUACAUGAACUCACCGAUGCCCCAACUACUGCAAUAUAUUGCGAGUCGAUUCAGCAUGGAACCACAUGCAUGGGCGCGGUUACUGAUAUCCGCCAUCCGCCGAUGAUCGCCUUAACAAAUUCCGCUUCGUUCAGUAUACACCCCAGUCGUAACAAACUGAUCGUUCAUGGUCCCAUUGAGUCUAGAUCGUCUCCGCCACUCAAUCAGCGAGGGAAUUCAGAGGCUGCAUACUCGUCUUCCGGGGUUUCACACACCUUCCCUUAUCAACUCCGAGAGACCUUUGAUGGGGACGGAUUAUCUAACGCCCCUUUAUUGACCCUCAGGGAGGAGACACUGCAACCCCAGCAUCUACAUGCUGUAGAGACUAAUUUAUCGUAUGAGGACUCAACAAAAACUGGAGAGCAAUCAGUUUCACGGUCUCCUCCACGUGAUCUCUCAGCUUAUUUUGGUCGAAUUCCCCAAGAACAUGCGAAAGAACAGUCUAAUUUAGACUCGCCGGUUAUGACCGGCCAAGGUUCAGAAUCUUGGUGCUUACCUUCUUCGGCCUUUUCUUACAUUGAAAAUCGCCUUAUUGCAGAGUCAGCUGUUGUACAUGCCUCAACCCAAUCGGUUAACGGAUCUAAUUCAGCUACUUUCAAUUCAUACACAGACGCUUACCGGGAUUCCGCGGUUGUGAGAUUUAUCAGUCAAGCCGAACCAGAGAUCCCUUCGAGUUUAAAUUCAACUUCCAUCGAGCACCACCUGCCUGUCCAACCGGGAUUCCUCAGCGAUGAUAUCUCUUCAUCUGAAGUUGACUGCACAGCAGUUUUGAAACAAGGAACCCUUCAGCAAACUAUAUUGUGGGAACGAGAUCCAUAUGCUGCUUCUCUCAGUGCUGCUUUAGACACCUCGUGUUGUAACGCCACAACACAAACGGCACUUGACUAUGUAACGAUGCAACAAGCUGAAAUGCAUGCUCACCAGUCUUUGGUAACUGAGUUGAAUGUCACCAAAGAGAAUUUAAGAGUGGCGUUGCUGAAUUUAGCCGCCGCACGGGAAGAGUCUCAUAUUCAUCAACAUAAAUUGUUCCCAUCACAAGAGCUGCAGUCUUCGACUGCCCAUGUGGAUGAGCUUGAUGCAUUGCGAUCAGCCCUUAAGCGAACCGGACGAUGA